CUUACACUCAAGUACCUGGCUAUUUAGUUAAGUUUAACUUUAUUCAACUUAAUUCAUCUAUCCAAAUUAGUAUUAUUCGAGAAAUCUGUUGCAUUCAAAAAUGGCCACAAAAGAGGAUCGCACGUUAGGAUCCGGUAUCUCCAUCCCCCAAUGGAUGAAGAACAAAAGACAUCACCAAUUCGAGUUGGACCCCAGUGCCUUCUCACCACCAGAAUUGGAGGACAGUUUCAUGAUUUAUUACAGACAUCCAAAAGUUGAAGUAAAUAAUACUGAAGCAACCAUCAUCAAAGCAAACUUGCCAGAAAACAUAACUGUAGCUGCAGUCGGAAAGAAGAACGACGACUUUUCCCAACAUCCGUUUUCUUGCCAGAAAUAUCUUAAAAAUGGACUAGAUACAAGUCCACCACCCCAAACUACAUCGCACAUGAAAACAAAGUCGUCUGGUACGGACGACGGUUUCAAAGGUGAAGCAGCCAAGUGCGGAAGUUCCAUAAUAAAGGUAGCGUCUCAGAUGGUAUCCGGAAAAGGACUAGGUAUCAGAAGUAACGAUCCGAAUUGUAUUAUGGAAGAAACAUACGACAGGAAGCGUAGAGGAAGCAAAUCCUUGCCCGCGUCACCUGUUGCCUCGCCUGCCAGUAGUCCGAAGGCCAACAGGAAAGUUAUCAACAAAUACUUUACUGGUGCUUUUACCGACGUCGAUAAGUCCAAAGGAAGCUGGAUUCUGUCAAAUUUACUAGCAAGACGUGAAAUAUCCCAAUCGGUCGGUCAAAUCAAAGAAGAACUCGCUGAAGAACUAGAACGAGCUUCGUCAGCGGUUAGUAUCGACGAUGCUUCAUCCAAAAAACCGGCAGUAUUCAAAGCAAAAGCAUCCGAAUUACGGGAAAUGAACUUUUGGUCUCCGACUUCCAUGUAAUCACAUUUAAAUUACGAUAAUGUAUUUUGACUACACUUUUAAUUUAAGAGUAUCGUAAAGUAGGAAACGAAACGGUUGUUUGCAUGCUAUUUUUUAUUUCUUAUGUAAAUAGGGGUUGGUUUUUUUAAAAGUAGUUCUAAUGCGUUUGAAGAAAUUGUCAACAUUCCUUGAUCCUAUUAAGUUGCUUUUGAAUGGAUAUCGAUGUAUUAGUAAGUUAUAAAAAAAGUUUUUUUUUUUUUAGUAUAUACGAGUUAGAACUAACUUUAAUAAAGGCCAUUGGAUGAUCGUUGUAAUUUUUAAGUACAAAAUCUCAGUAUCACUAAAAUCUCACAAUUUUCCAUAAAUAUCUUUUUUAAGUUAAUUUACCAUAAUUUUGAAUACUAUUUAUUUGAUUUAAUCUACAGAAAUUAUCAACGCAGAUGAAUAGCUAAAAAAUGAUUACAAAAAAAAUUGAAAAAGUAAUUGUGAGUACAUUUUUUUAAGAAUACCCUGGGGCAAAGUUGUAACACACGAAUCGCAUGAUCAAUAAGUAAAAUCAGUUAAAAAAUACUUUUUUGCAUUAUAAAUUAUUGAAGAGAUUGAUAAUUAAUUUAUAUAUUUCUGACAUUGUGCCUUUAGUUGACAACUGGGUAGUUGCAGCCUAUGUUGUUUGGUGGGGAUACUUACAAAGGUACCCUCUACCUGAUGAAUGCCUGUUUUCAACAAUAGCUCUCUUAUGCUCUAUAUUACAGCUCAAUGUCGGUAUUUACCAGGUGGACCUCGUAUUUGGUUGUUGAUUAUACUUAUUGAUUGAAACACACUGUAUUAUUUGGUACAUUACCAUAAAUAAAUAAAAAUUAAAGCUUUUGAAAUAAAAUAAUCGGGCUAUUCAAUCUGCAUUUACUUUGCCAAAUUUUAUUUUUUCUUAAACUCAUUGAUAUUCAUUUAAUCAUCAUCUAAACUAAAAUAAUAUGAAAAGUAUUGUAAUCAAAAAUUUGCAAAAGAUUUCUUGAUUUAAACUAUUUAUUUUGUAUGUCAUUCUCCUUAGUUUAGGUCUAUUGUUGCAUUAUAAUUUAAGUAAUAUAAUAUUGUCAUUCUUUCAGUUUUUCAA